GCCCUGCACCUGGAUCGCCUCAGCCCUGAGCGCCGAGGAGGCAGGGCGAGCCGGAGGGCUCCCUCUGGAUUGUUGGCAAAGAACUCCGCGAGUCGCCGCUCCCCGCGGGCUGCGCCCCAGCAGGGGCGGCUGCUACCUGGGCGUGCUCGGGGGCCGCCGGGAGGAUGGGAGACUGAGAGCCGGGGGCAGAGCGCGCUUCUUCCUCAGCGGCGAUUACCUGAAAGGACUCUACUAUUUUUUAUGCAGCUGAACACCUUGUUUUCAUUAAUUAUCAGUCAUACAAGGAAUAUUUGCUGAGACCAUUUUGAAGAGCGCUUUCCAUACAGCUGAUAGCUGAAUUCAGAUUGCUCUUUAAUGAAGAAACAUCAGAGCUGCUAAAAAUAACACAAACAAGGACUCAAGAAUUUUGUGACCAAUGAUGUGGUCGUCAUGGAGACUGAUUCUUUUUCUCUCACUCACUGGGUGUCUUUCAGAAUAUUCAGAAGCUGUUCCAAGCCUCCCGACAUCAUAUGCUGCUAUCCUAAGAAUUAAAUCUGCUAGUUCAUCUUCAGCACUGUUUAAUUCAAAGAACAGGCCACGAUUGAGCAGCUCUUCAUUAGGAAGCAUAUUCUCGCCAGGCUGGAGAGGGACAGCACAACACUAUCACUCACCAACAAACCUCUAUCACUUUUCAGAGGCUUUCAAACAUGAUGAAAUUGUUGAUUAUGGGCCUGUGUUUGUACAAGAACCCGAUGACGUGAUUUUUCCUACUGAUUCUGAUGAGAAGAAAGUGUCACUGAAUUGUCAAGCACGAGGAAACCCUACUCCUAUUUACAGAUGGCUACGAAAUGGAACUGAAAUUGAUAUAGAAAGUGAUUACCGCUACAGUUUGAUAGAAGGAAGUUUUAUUAUCAGCAAUCCCAGUGAAGCAAAGGAUUCUGGGCAAUAUCAAUGUUUAACCACCAAUGUGUUUGGAAGUAUUUUGAGCAGAGAGGCCACCCUUCAAUUUGCAUAUCUGGGAAAUUUUAGUGGCCGGACGAGAAGUGCAGUCUCUGUACGAGAAGGUCAAGGAGUUGUUCUGAUGUGUUCUCCUCCACUUCAUUCACCAGAGAUCAUCUACAGUUGGGUGUUCAAUGAAUUCCCAUCUUUUGUGGCAGAAGAUAGCCGACGCUUCAUCUCCCAGGAGACAGGAAAUCUGUACAUCUCCAAGGUGCAAACAUCUGAUGUUGGCAGCUAUAUCUGUCUAGUAAAAAACACAGUGACAAAUGCCAGAGUUCUGAGUCCUCCUACACCUCUUACAUUGCGGAAUGAUGGUGUGAUGGGAGAAUAUGAGCCGAAAAUUGAGGUCCAUUUUCCUUACACAGUUACAGCUGCUAAGGGAACUACUGUUAAGAUGGAGUGCUUCGCACUGGGCAACCCUGUUCCAACAAUCUCAUGGAGGAAAGUUAAUGAUCAUAAUCCAAGUAAAGCCCGUCUGAGAAAGUCCCAAGCUGUUCUUGAAAUACCUAAUGUACAGCUAGAGGAUGCAGGGAUAUAUGAAUGUAAAGCUGAAAACUCACGUGGAAGGAAUGUCUUCAGAGGACAGCUACAAGUGUACACCUACCCACAUUGGGUGGAGAAGCUUAAUGAUACUCAGUUAGACAGUGGAGAACAGCUCCGAUGGGAAUGCAAAGCUACUGGAAAGCCACGACCCACCUACCAUUGGCUAAAGAAUGGAAUCCCUAUCGGAGCACAGAGCAGGGUUGAGAUGGUUAAUGGUGUACUGAUGAUCCACAGUGUCAAUCUCUCAGAUGCUGGAAUGUACCAAUGUGUAGCAGAAAAUAAAUACGGAACAAUUUAUGCCAGUGCUGAGCUGAAGAUUUUAGCUUCAGCUCCCACUUUUGCACUAAAUCAGAUGAAGAAAACUAUAAUUAUUACCAGAGGCCAAGAAGUUGUCAUUGAGUGCAAACCACAAGCCUCUCCAAAACCAACCAUCACUUGGAAGAAAGGAGACAAAGUAGUAAGAGAGAAUAAGAGGAUAACUCUUCUUCCAGAUGGGAGCCUACAAAUACUGAAUGCUUCCAAAUCUGAUGAAGGAAAGUACUUAUGCCAAGGAGAAAAUGUAUUUGGCUCCGCCGAAACGAUAGCAUCAGUAUUUGUUAAAGAACCAACAAGGAUAGAUCUGACUCCCAAGAGGACUGAGUUAACCGUUGGAGAAAGCAUUGUCCUCAGCUGCAAAGCCAUUCAUGACAACACACUAGAGGUUACUUUCUAUUGGACCUUGAAUGGGCAGCCAAUAGAUUUUGUGAAAGAAGGUGGACACUUUGAAAGCAUGAGGGCACAAGCAUCCUCUGCAGAUUUAAUGAUCAGGAACAUCCUUCUGAUGCAUGCUGGGAGAUAUGGCUGCAGGGUACAGACCACAGCAGACAGUGUAUCAGAUGAGGCAGAACUUCUUGUUAGGGGUCCUCCUGGUCCCCCAGGAAUAGUGAUAGUUGAGGAAAUUACAGAAACGACGGCAACGCUCUCCUGGAGUCCUGGGGCAGACAACCAUAGCCCCAUCUCCUUAUACAAUUUACAAGCACGUAGUCCAUUUUCACUUGGCUGGCAGACUGUAAAAACAGUUCCAGAGAAUAUAAGUGGUGAUAUGGAAUCUGCUGUGGCAGUAGAACUGAACCCAUGGGUGGAAUAUGAAUUCAGAGUCGUAGCAACCAACAAAAUUGGGACUGGGGAUCCAAGUGCACCAUCUCGAGUGAUCAGAACCAGUGAAGCAGUUCCAAAGACAGCACCAGCUAAUGUCAGUGGCAGAAGUGGAAGACGGCAUGAAUUAGUAAUAGCAUGGGAGCCAGUAUCAGAAGAGUUCCAGAAUGGGGAAGGAUUUGGAUACAUUGUGGCUUUCAGACCGAAUGGAACAAGAGGGUGGAAAGAAAAAAUGGUGACACCCUCAGAUGCUUCCAUGUUCAUCUAUAGAGAUGAAAGCGUGCCUCCUCUGACUCCCUUUGAGGUGAAAGUUGGUGUAUAUAAUAACAAAGGUGAUGGACCCUUCAGCCCCAUUGUGGUCAUCUGUUCAGCUGAGGGAGAACCCAGUGCUGCUCCUACUGAUGUCAAGGCUACAGGUUUGUCUGUAUCAGAGAUUCUGGUUGCGUGGAAACAUAUUAAAGAAAGUCUAGGAAGACCACAGGGAUUUGAGGUUGGUUACUGGAAAGAUAUGGAGCAGGAAGAAGCAGCAGAAAAAGUCAAAACUGAAGGAAAUGAGUCAUCCACCAUUCUGACAGGAUUAGAAGGCAACACAUUAUACCAUCUAACAGUGAGGGCAUACAAUGUAGCAGGAUAUGGACCACCGAGCGGCGCAGUCCAUGCAGCCACCAAGAAAUCCCCACCCAGCCAGGCACCAAGCAAUAUUAUGUGGAUGCAAGAUGGCUCUCAUGUGUCUCUGGGAUGGGAGCCUGUUAGACCUCUAGCAAAUGAAUCUGAUGUAAUGGGAUACAAGGUCUUGUUUAGGCAAGAAGGCCACAGCAACAGUCAAGUAAUUGAAACACAGAAAACCUCCGCAGUUGUACUUCUACCUGAUGUUGGGGUCUAUAUCAUAGAGGUUCGUGCAGUCAGUGAAGGAGGGGAUGGAACAGCCAGCUCGCAAAUCAGGGUACCAUCUUUUUCAGGUGGAAAAGUUACAAGCUCUCAAUCCACUUUACAUGUUUUCUCUACUUCCUCAUCCUCUAUAACGUUGCUCUUGGCACUGAUGGUCCCUUCCACCUCAUGGUGAAGACUGCAGACCUUUCGUUUUUUCUGUUGUUUGUUUGCUUUAGCUUGAUAACACCAAUGGAUGGAGCUUUGUGUCCAUGAAGAAGCUGGAACCCUAAGCUAAUGCUUAAAGACCCAUAGAAAUACACAUGGUGCACUUAGAGGAAUGUUGGGAAAAUGAUAAAUAAUUCAUCAGGUUUUUUCUUCAGUUUUUGUAAAUGUCCUCUGUUUGGGGAGGGGACGCUUAUUGGCCCAACAAAAAUAUGCAGAUUGUAUGUAAUAAACUUUUGUAAGCAAAUGUAAUUUCUGUCAGAUGUACUUUACUUUUUUAAUAUGUUUAUCUUUGGUGAUCCCCAGUUGUGUACCAUUAGUUGUUUAAUAGUGGUGUCUAGUACAGUACAUUGGUUUUGUUUGGGAUAUUUUAAAUGACUGAAGUUUGAUGAGGACUUUCAAUCUAGUGCUUUUCUUGCUUCCCAUAAGGCUGGCUGCUUACAGUGACAAGGCAGUAGGAGAGAAGAAAAAGUUCAGCUAUAUGGCCCACUGGAUAAGUUCAGAAAUAUUUUCUGGAAAAUGUAUGAAUACAUAUUAAAUUAGCAAAAAUUGUCAAUCAGAUAUUUUGAAAGCACGUCCAGAGAAAGAGAACAAAGCAGAGAAGAAGCCAUUGUACUGGUGGAACAUAAACUGGAAAUGAUUGAACAUACGCUUACAAGGAAAUAAGUGCUAUUGUUUUUCAUCAGAUAUUGUACAAUUUAACUGCAGAGGAAGUAAAUGUUUAUUUUAAUAGAAAAAUAAAUAAUCUAAAUUUAUUAGCAUGGAAACCACAAUUGGGCAUUUAAUCAAAACAUACAGUAGUUGCUAAAUGGGCAAAUCAAAGGAAUGCAAGGAGACAAAUCUGCUGCUUUUUUUCUGUCAGUCUUGGAUCUUUAUUUUUUAGUUCUUUUUUGUAUGGUACUGUACUUUCUAUAUUUGUUAAUUAAGCUAAAGCUGAAGUAUAACACUGCAUUUCAUGAGGAGACCAUAAUAUUUCAUGGAUUGUAGUCAUGCAGACAUGCACAAUUCAAUUAGAAUAUAGUUUGGGGGCUGGAGUUUCCCAAAUGACACACAGAUUUCCAGCUGGGAAGGUUACUGGAUCUUUUUUUAUGGAUCACCAGAAAGGGCAUGUCUACACAGCAGAGUUAUUUCAGAAUAACUGACAUUAUUCUGAAAUAACACAGACCAUAUCUACACUACAAGCCUUUAUUUCAAUAUAAUGUUGAGCUAGAGGACUAUUUACUCUGACUUAUGGUAGCCCUCAUUUUAUGAGAUGUAAGGGAGAUCAAAGGAAGAGUGUUCUUCUUUCAACUUCCUGCUAUGUAGUCAGCACCAAAAGCCGCGGUAAGCUAUUUUGACUUAAGUUAUGCAAUUGCAUAUCUUAAUUGGACUUUAGCCCUGCUGUGUAGAUGUACCCAUAGAGAUUGAUCUUGUAGGGACAGUGUGCUAUUUUUAAUCCCAGCCAUUUUUUCUGCUAUAUCAGUCAUUUCCUCAUUCUAGAUCUAAUGGCCUUUCCUUAUAUCGGCACCUAAGCCAAAAUGAUUCUACUGUAUAUGGUGUGGGUGUGGGUGCGUUUGUACAGUGUGGUGUGUGUGGUGUUCUCCAUAAGGGUACUUUUUACUACCGUGUUUGUAGGGAUUGUGCCCAGGAUGCACUUAGCCUUGUUUGUGAUAAUCAAGUGUGUUGUGCUCAAAUCAUUUUAUCAGGAAUAUCCUGGUAGCAUAAUGCUCAUAGCUAAUUCUCUAAGGGUACUUCUACACUUGCCCCCUACUUCGAAGUAGGGAGACAAAUGAAGCAUGCCAAAGUUACAAAUCAAGCACAGGAUUUAAAUAUUCCGCACUUGAUUAGCAUAUUCACUGCCAAUCGCCAUUUUAAAAUGCCGGUCACCCGAUGUAACUUGCCGCGUAUAGAUGCGGUAGUCCGAUUUAAAUCCCUUCCUCGAAUUAACUGGUACUCCUUAACAAUGAGGAGUACCAGUUAAUUUGAGUUCAGGGAUUUUUCUCAGAGUACCGCAUCUAUAAGCGGCAAGUUACAUCAGGCUAGUCAAUUUCCAAAAUGGCA